GCCAGAACAACGACCAAGAUGAGCAGCGGCAGUGUUGGUGGUGGCAAGCAGGACCUCGCCAACUUCUAUGUGGGCACGUCGGGCUACACAUAUCCACACUGGCGCAAGGAUGCCUUCUAUCCCCGCUUGGUCAAGCAGGCAGACGAGCUCAAGCACUUUUCAGGCAGGCUGCCGUCGUGCGAAAUCAACGCCACAUACCAUGGCUUGCAAUCGACGGAAACGUUUCGCAAGUGGACAAAGGAAGUCCAGGACAGCUUCGUCUUUGCACUCAAGAUGCACCAGAUUGUCUCCCACAAGGAGCGGCUGAAGAAUGUGGAUGAGCUGGUGGAGGAGUUUUGCGAUCGGGCGCGCGCCCUGGGCUCGCACCUCGGGCCCAUCCUCAUCCAGCUGCCACCGACGUUCCACCGCAACGAGGCCCGCCUUGCCGAGUUCCUGCCCAAGCUGCCCACGGACCUGCGCUUUGCGUUUGAGUUUCGCAGCAAGACCUGGCUGCACGACCAGGUGUACGCGCUCCUCAAGCAACACAACGUCGCCAUUGUCGAGAACAUCAGCCCAGACAACUCGUGCGUCUACACCGACAAGCAGACGGCCAACUUCACGUUCGUGCGCUUCCACAAGGCCCUCACCCCGGGCGAAACUGUGUACAGCGACGAGUUCCUGCAGAGGCAGGCGGAGCGGUUUGCUGCGCGGCGCAAGGCGGGCGUGACGCAGUUUGUGUACUUUAUGAACGACAUUGGGGCGCACGGCCCGCGCAACGCAGAGACGCUGGUGGAGAUGGUGGAGAAGCUGACUGGCGCAAAGGCGGUGAAGAAAUGGAAGCGCACGCCCGUUGUGCGCAAGGGAGGAAAGGGCUCGCUGCAGAGCUUCUUCAGCAAAGCCGCCGCCAAGAAGCCAGCCGCACCAGCAGCAACCACAGCACCAGCAGCAACCACAGCAGAAACAGCGCCAGCCAAGGCCACAACGGCAGCACCAGCAGCACCAGCAGCAGCAGCACCGAAAACCGCAGCACCAGCAACGGCAGCAGCGGAGGCCAAGGGAGGCGAUGACGCUGAUGCAAAGGAUGCGGUGAUCAAGCUUGACGAUGAUGACGACGACGACUCAACCACAGCCACGCCACCAACAGCGCUGCGCAACACAGAGAAGCCUGACACCGAUGGUGGCAAGCGGGCGAGCAAUGCAGCCACAACCACCUCGCCACAGAAAAAGUCAAAGAAGGGACCACAGAAGACACUGCACGCUUUCUUCAAGUAGUCGUUGCGUUGUGCCCUGUUGUGUCCCACUGAUGGGGUUUGGCGUCAGUGUUGCUGUUUUCUCAUCUCUGUUAUCCCCAAUGACAAGCAGCCCUGUGUGUUGACUCCUCUCCAUCACACGCAGUUGCGCUUGAUGUUGUUAAGCCUUCUCCGUAGUUGGAUUAUCAUGCUGUCUCGCCACACCCGUGUACUUGCGCACGCGAAUCUCAACACACAAACACACGCACAACACACGCACAUGCCCACACAUGCACGUACGUGCGCACAUAUUCCCACGCAUCCCCCUGCUUCUAGUUGUAGUGCCAUUCUUGUUCAACUGCCAAUGUAUUGGAACUGUAACCGACAGCAACAAGAGCAAGGGCCAGUCAGA